AUGGACCCAUAUGAUACUCCUUUCCUAAUAGACGAUCAGAAAUGUACCAGAGGAAGAAAUCUGGAUUGUUUAGUGGCUGCUUGCAUUUACAUUGCUUGUCGACAAGAAGGCAAGCCACGCACUGUUAAAGACAUUAUCUAUGUAGAUAUAUCAAUAGCUUCUACAGUUGCCGAAGUGACAGUGAAGAAUGCUUAUAAGGAUCUUUGUCCCCAUGCUUCAAGGAUAAUUCCAGAAAGGUAUGCCAAGGAAAAGGACCUCGAGAACCUCUGCUAUCCUAAAACCUAA